AAAUGGGCGCGCAUUCUAUUUCUUUCAUUUCUUCUUCAAUCUUAGUUUUACUCUGGAGUACAGCUUGCUACAUUAACAGUCUAUCUGGAGAUCUGGUUCACGACGAUGUCUUCGCCAUUAUCGACAACGAAGACGUGCGUCCAUCCACCAGCGCCUCUCAACUCUUUCUCAACGAUUUCUGGGGAACAGCGAUGUCGAGCAACACGAGCCACAAGUCAUACCGACCUCUGUGUAUGUUAACUUUCCGUCUCAACUACUGGCUGCACGAGCUGGAGCCGUGGGGAUAUCAUUUCGUCAACGUUUUGUUGCACAGUGCUGUGUGUGUGCUCAUACUUCACAUCUGUACGCGACACGUGUUUGUGUGUGGAGAAUGGUAUUUGUCUGUCUUGACCAGCUUGAUGUUUGCAGCACACCCGGUUCACACAGAGGCGGUGAGUGGAGUCGUUGGACGAGCUGAUGUCAUGUCGUUGUUCUUCUUUCUAGCCGGUCUGUUGUCAUACAUAAGAUCCAUAGACUGUACAACUGGUAGUGGAGAUGACACACUUGCUGAUGAGACCGACGAAGAGUGUACGCAUUUUCCUUCUACUUGUUCCGUUGCAUGGCUGUUUGUGACUGCCAUCUGCGGCACUGCAGCCAUGUUGUCUAAAGAAACGGGAAUCACAGUGUUUGGAGUGUGUGUUGCGUAUGAUGCAUUGAUUGCAUGCAGGAAAGGUAUUGAGAGAGUUUGGGUAACAAGAAGUUUGGCGAUUUUGAUGAGACAUGGAAGGACUUUGGUGUACAGGAUUGCCUUUCUGUUGUUUGUGGUUCUAAUUCUUCUCGCCUUUCGGCUGAAAAUGCUUCACGGACAGCCACCAUCAUUUACAGAUCAGGAGAAUCCUGCAUCGUUUUCUGAUCACUUUAUCACACGCUUUCUCACAUAUUCGUAUUUGUGUGUAUUUAAUUUCUGGUUGUUGCUGGCACCAGUUACGUUGUCGUAUGAUUGGGCAUUGGGUAGUAUACCUCUUGUGGAGUCAAUAAUGGAUGUUCGGAAUUUGGCAACGUUUGUCUUCUUUAGUAGCUUGGUCGGUUUGGCUAUUCAGAGUGUCAGAGUAAAGUCCUCAUCUGCACGAGUCCUCACAAUCGGAUUAUCUCUCAUCAUAAUUCCAUUUCUCCCCGCAUCCAAUCUAUUCUUCAAGGUCGGAUUUGUCAUAGCCGAACGAGUUCUCUACAUUCCCAGUUUAGGCUUUUGUAUCAUUGUUGUGUAUGGUGCCAGCUGCAUGUCAGAUAUCAUUGCUAAAUGGCGUGCAACGAAGCAAGCAAUAAUGGUCUCACUCUGCGUUGUGAUUAUCUUAUUUUCGUGGAGAACGGUGGCACGUAACAUUGUGUGGCAAGACAGAGAAUCGCUCUUUAAAUAUGGGUUGAAUGCAGUUCCUGCAAAUGCCAAAGUUCACUAUAAUUAUGCUAAUUAUCUAAAGGAUGUUGGAAGGAGCAAGGAAGCUGUGGAGAGAUUUAGACGAGCCAUACAGUUAUAUCCAAGACAUGCUAGCGCAUGCAACAACCUUGGAACUCUUGUCGAUAACGAAACAGAAUCCGAAUCAUUAUAUCGACAAGCUAUAGAAAUUAAUCCAUACCAUCCAAGAGCACAUUUCAACCUUGGAAACUUGAUGAGCCAACAAGGAAAGAAGGCGGAAGCUGAGCGUUUUCUUAGAGAAUCUGUUAGAUUGGAUCCUAGUCAUGUUGAUGGGUGGUUGAACAUCGCUAGUUUGCUAGCUGAUGAGGAGAAGUUUGAGGAGGCUCUGACUGUGAUGAAACAUGCCAUUGAGUUGAAACCGGAUCGUGCAGAUACGUAUAACAACAUGGGAGCUCAUUUGACAAAAAUGGGAAAGCCACAGGAAGCUCUUGCUUACUAUGAUAAAGCUCUCAGUUUGAACCCUUCACUUUCUAUUGCAAUGGUGAACAAAGCUCGCAUACUACGUACUCUUGGAAACUCAAAGGAAGCCGAACAAUUAUACAAACGGGCAUUGUCUAUACAACGAAGUGCUGACACUCUGCAUUACUUGGGCAGUAUGUACUACAACACGGAAAGACUCAGUGAAGCCGAGGAAGCCUUCAGACAAGCUCUUGAAAUAGACUCAAAGAGACUAGAAUCGAUGCAGAACUAUGCUCAGACGUUAGUGCAGUUGGGAAGAAAAGACGAUGCUGUUGAGGUUUUACGUCGUGGGAUGGUGGCGUACCCACAGAAUGUUGAGAUGCGAACUCAUUUGUCAUCACUGUUGGCUUCUAACAAGCAAUUUGAAGAGGCUCUGGAGGUUUUGGAUGGUGCAGAUAAGAGUAAUUCGGAAGUCUGGUUUGCGAAAGGUAACAUUCUCAGGGACUUGAAUCGUCUGGAUGAUGCGGCUCAGGCUUAUUCCCAAAGUGUAACCUUAAAUUCAAGGCAUUCGAGUGCAAGAAUGAAUCUGGGUGCAAUAUACCAUCUGCAGAAACGAUUUUUUGAAGCUAAAAGGGAAUACGAGUUGGCACUGGAAAUGGAUCCAAACAACAAGAUACUAGGAACGAACAUAGAAAAAUUGAAUCGAGAAAUGCAGAAGAGCAGACGAAACAGAUAAGAAUUAAUAGUGUAAAUAGUAUAUUUUGGUUGCUACACACACACACACACACACACACACACACACACACACACGCACACACACACACACGUCAGGGUGCUGGUCAUUUUUGAAUUGUUGUGCAGUCUUGUCUCGACAUUUGCUUUGUAUAUUUUGACACGUAGCAAGAUGUGGUAGUGACGACUGGACAUGUUGAAUUAGGAGACUUGAAAAUUAC